GACCAAUAUAACAAUACUUAAUGACACGAUUUAAAGACAAUAAGUGCUACACUCGUCGCUAGCUUCCGUCGCUAACUUCAUCUCUCUUUUGACAGGACUGACCUCAAGAACUACAAACACUAACCGGAAGUAGUUAAAAGUGGCGUUUUCUGAGCAGAAUCGAAGAGAUGAGACUUCCUCUUCGCUCCUGCAUCUUCAGGAGUUUACUCUCUCAAAGGAGACACACGACGAACCCACAGAAUCGAGGCCUGAGCGGUGCAGCGAUGCGUCUGGUGCAGUUUCAUCGCCAUGGUGAUGCAGGAGGCAUCAGAGUGGGAGUGGAGCAAGGUGACGGAGGGCACGGCGUGGUGGAUCUGAAGGCGUUUGACCCCUCCAUGCCCUCGACGAUGAGAGAGCUGCUGGAGCUGGGAGACAAGGGUCUGGAGUGUGCACAGAGAGCCUUGUCGUCCGGUCAGUGUGUGGUGGAGCGAUCAGACAUCCAGCUGCUGUCUCCUGUGUUGGCCCCAGAGAAGGUGGUGUGUGUGGGCAUGAACUACCGCGACCACUGCCUGGAGCAGAACGCCCCGAUCCCCAAAGAGCCCAUCAUCUUCAGCAAAUUCCCCAGCGCCAUCACCGGCCCGUACGAUGACAUCGUCCUGCCCUCAGAGAGUCAGGAGGUGGACUGGGAGGUGGAGCUGGCCUUUGUGAUUGGACGAAGAGGAAAACACAUCAAGGAGGAAGACGCUCUCUCCUAUGUGGCCGGGUUCACCGUGGCCAAUGACGUCAGUGCGCGUGACUGGCAGAUGAAGCGCAACGGGAAGCAGUGGCUGCUGGGAAAAACGUUUGACAGCUUCUGUCCUCUCGGCCCUGCCUUAGUGACCACGGACGCUGUGAAAGAUCCUCACAACCUCAGCGUCCGCUGCCUGGUUAAUGGAGACACAGUCCAGAGCAGCAACACUGAUCAGAUGAUCUUCAAGACGGAGGCGCUGGUCGCCUGGGUUUCAAAGUUUGUGACACUGACUCCAGGAGAUGUUUUCCUGACAGGUACUCCUCCAGGCGUGGGUGUGUUCAGAAAGCCACCCGUCUUUCUCAAGAAAGGAGACGUGGUGGAGUGCCAGAUCGACCAGUUAGGCUCUAUAAUCAACAAAGUGGUCUAAACUGACGAAAAAAACAUCAGCUGUUAAAUAAACUGCACUUCUGAUCGACUGCUUCACACA